UGCAGAUGAACAAACUAGGAUUAAGAGAGUGAGGUGAAACAUACAGAGACCUUUUACCGUUUAUAUGUUGUUUUUUCUUAAUGUUAGGCAGGUUAUUUUAGUAUUAGUGAUCAUUUAAGCAUGGAUUCCUCGCAUGUUGUUGAAGACCAGCUUCUUUUUAAUGAAUCAGCAAAUGUACCUGACGUAACUGCAGUGACUAUUUCAUAUCUACUAUGUAUUUUUGGUGGCUCUUUAUCAGUUCUCAUAAUGUGUGGAAACCUACUUGUAAUAAUCUCCAUUGUUUACUUCAAACAGCUCCACACUCCUACUAACUUCCUGAUGCUCUCUCUGGCUGUGGCUGACCUGCUAGUUGGACUUUUAGUUGUGCCUUUUAGCAUCAUUAUUAUUAUGAGCUCCUAUUGGCGUCUUCAUUACAUACUUUGUAGAAUACGGAGCAGCUUUGAUAUGAUACUGUCCAAUUCUUCAAUUUGGAACUUGUGCUGCAUUUCUGUUGACAGAUAUUAUGCAGUGUGUCAGCCUCUGAGAUACAGAAAUAAAAUAAAUGGCCGUGUUGUUGGGAUCAUGAUUCUGGUGUCCUGGAGUAUUGCCACUCUAAAUACAGUUAUUCAAACAUUGCAGUCCCUGAGCAAAGGACAAAACAACAACAAGAAGUGUGUUUUAUUUCAACGUAAAGCACAGAGUACAAUGGUUCUGGGAGGUUUUUUUGCAUUUGGCCUCCCAGCUAUCAUAAUGUCUUCAAUCUACCUAAAGAUUUUGACUGUGGCACAGAAACAGGCACGCAGCAUCCAAAGCAUGGCAAAAUCUGGUACAACUGUCAGUAAAAUGGAGAAAAAGGCGACUAAAACUUUGUCUAUUGUGAUGGGGAUUUUUCUCCUGAGUUGGACACCUUUCUUUGUGUGCAUCGCCUUUCAUCGUUUAACCAAUUACCCAAUACCAGUCCAUGUAAUUCAGUCAUUAAAAUGGCUUGGAUGGUCAAAUUCAAUGUUGAAUCCAUUUGUUUAUGCUUUCUUUUAUAGCUGGUUUCGAUCAGCUUUUAAGAUGAUCAUUACAGGGAAAAUAUUUAAAGAUGAUUUUUCUAAUUCUAAACUCUUUUGAUUCAUUAUACGAUUCACUGGCAUGUGAGUAAUCAGGUCUGGCACUAAGGAUGAAUAUAUUUUGUCUUACAUCUUUGUAUUAUCGUCAUAUUUUUGGAGACAUUUUUUCUGUGCUACAAAAAAACUGUCUGUUUGCGACAGUGUAUAGAAAACUUAUUGACACAUACAUUUCAUGUAACAUGAUGCCUCAUGUCUUCAACAAUCUAAUGUGUCAAUGCCUCUAUUAUAAUAUUUAUCUAUUUAACUGUGAAUGCUGAUAUUGUCAUUGUACACACACUCAAACUUCAAACUUCAUACAGGAAGACAUGUUGUUAUCAAUGUAAUUAGUUGUAAUGACUCAAGCAAUGAUUAAAAAUUAAUUAUUGAACACAAAAGUGAUAUUAUUAUUAUUAUUAUUAU